UAAAUUUCAUAGAAAACAGGCGUUUUUCAGGGAUUAAGAAAUCAGUUAAUUUACAUCUUUUUUGCAGCAAUGGAAGUAAAUUAAAGCAUAGAAAUGUUGAUAUAAACAGUUGCUACAGGUGCCCACAUUUUUUUUGGAUUACUGACCAACCGUCCAGUACAAAGGCAGCGUUGGAACAAACUUUGUUACUACACCCUCUGAUGCAUUAUUGGGACAAUACUGUAUUGCAGGAAGUAGUACUGUAUAUUGUUAUCAGAAUGGUGAGAGAAGACAAGUAACAAAGGAAGACAGACUGGUUGGUCAGGGGUUCAUCCUACAGCAAGAAAAUGACCCAGAAUAUUAGAAGAAAGGAAAUCGACGGUGGCUUCACAUGAUAGAAGACCAGAAUAAUCACCAGACUUAAACAUCAUGGAGGGAUGAACUGGACGGAAGGUGAAAGCAAAGUGACCUACAAGUGGAACACAUUUAUAGGAACUUCUGCAAAGGUGUUGGGACGAACUUUCCAAACAAUGUUUCAUUUCCAUUGUAGAAAGAACACCACAUGUGUGUUCAGCUGCUGGAUGAGUCAAAAAUUUAGAUUAAAUCUAGCAAUUAACAUUCCAUGAUUCUUUUCCCCCCCAAUCUUUAUUUUUUAUUUGUUCUGUGAUUUAAUUUCAGAGAACACUGAGACAAACUAUGUAAAUUUAGUUACAACUGGAAAAAUGGAGGUGUUCUAAAACUUUUGACCGGUAGUGUAUUUUGUUUGCCUGACGGACAGUAUUCUGGUUCAGUUUUAAAGUCAUUUUGAAUACUUAUUGUAUAACCAUCUGAGGGCAAUCUUUUUGAUACCACUAGUCGUUCUUUUUAGACCAAUCUCUGUAGUUGUUUCACUUUGAUUUUACCUAGUUAAAAAGUAUUACUUUUUCCUUUUGGAAACAUCUGUAAACCAGUAAUACGGUAUUUGACUAUUCAUCUUGAAGCCCUGCACCUGUUUGUUUGUAAAACAUUUUUGUUUUUUUAGCCAUUUUCUUUUUAUCUUUGCUGGAAAAUGGCAUUUUAAUGGUUAAGAUCUAUGGAAUUGAAAUCGAUUUCAUUUAAAAAAAAGUAUAUGACUGUUAUAAAACUAUAUGUAUAUUCAGAGAAAGGAUAUCAUUGCUGCAGAAUGAACAAGCCAUUUUGUUAUCAGAUUUAAUGAAUUAAAGUGACUCUGAUAUGUACUAAACGUGUAUUUCGUAGUCCCACUGCGUGAAUGUUUGGGUGUAGGUCACAGCUAGUUGAACAGAUCGGCCACCGGAGGGCAGGCAGCCACCAAAGAGACCUUGUACCUCAAGUCCAAUGUUUUUGUUUAGGGUGAACAGAGUUUGAGCUUAACUCAACAUGUAGCUUCAGCCACAUCCAAAUGAUAACGGUAGCUUGGAUGAUGGGGAGGAAACGACCUAAAACUACAGGAGCUGUCUAAUAACAUGGAGUCGGUUUUUCCAUCAGGGGAUGAGGAAGAGAAAAGGGAUCCAGUUGUUAUGGAGGGUGAGAGGGAAGGUGACAACUCUGAAACCAGAUGGAGUGAAGAACUCAGGCUGGUCCUCAUUGGAAAAACUGGAUGUGGCAAGAGUGCAUCUGGAAACACCAUCUUGGGCCGGAGGCGGUUCCUGUCACAGAUCAGUGCCCGCUCUGUCACGCAGACUUGUGAGCUUGGGAGCGCCGUGCUCGCUGAGGAGGAGGUCGUUGAGAAGGAUGGCCAGGCUGUCACACAGAGGAGGAUGAAGAGAGUCACUGUGGUUGACAUGCCAGGUUUUGGGGACACUCACCUCAGUUUGGAGCAGAUUCACACAGAGAUAGCCAAAUGUGUGUCUCUCACUGCCCCUGGUCCACAUGCUUUCCUCCUGGUGGUGCCAAUAGGACGAUAUACAGACCAUGAGAACCAGGCUGUCUGUGAGAUGACAAAGAUAUUUGGGGAGGAUGCAGUCUGUCACCACACAGUGGUUCUUUUUACCAGAGGUGAUGACCUGGAGGGCAUAGGGAUUGAAGAGUACCUGAGGGAGACUGCACCUGCUGGGCUUAAGGCUUUGAUUGACAGGUGUGGGGGGAGGUACCAUGUUCUCAACAACAGAGAUGCUAGUAACUCGGUGCAAGUUAAAGAACUCUUGAUAAAGGUGGACAAGAUGGUGAAGCAGCCUAACAGAGGAUUUUAUACCAAUACGACUUUUUUAGAGGCCGACGCUGCUAUCAUGGAGGAGCAGAAAAAGAUGUUGAGGGAGCGAGGGGAAGCAGUGGGGGAAGAAGAAGGAGGAAGCAAUGGCAGCAUGGAAGAACAGGCUAAAUGUGCAAAAAAGAGAGAGUUUAACCUAGAGUCUCACAGAACAGGAAGCAGUGAAAGAGGAUCACAAGGGCUCAGCAAGAGGGAGUUGGAGAGAGGAAAUGAAGAGUGUUUUGGGGUUGAGAGAUGGACAGAGGAGAGCAGAGGGAAUGUUUUCAGCCACCUUAAGGACAGAGUGGAACAAUGUAGGGAGCAGUUCAGAGGCAGGCAUAAGGGCUGCAGGAUGGCCGGUAGCAGGCGAAGGUCUCUCUGUUCAUCCUUGAUUCGCAUGAGAAAAGAGGCUGCCCUCUCUCCUAAAGUGCUGGAGAGAGUUAAGAUCCUGGUAGCUGCUGGAACCACAGGCCUGGCAGUUGGGGCAAUGUUUGGGGCAGCUGCCCCUUUAGCAGCUGCAGCUGGGGCUUCACUUGUGGGAAACUCGGUUGGUUUUGCUGCAGGUAAUCUAGCUGGGAUGUCUGUAGCGGGAGGCACAGGAGUUGGGAAAGCUGUGGGGGCCAUAGUGGCAGCAGCUUCAGGGAAAACUGCUGUGACUCUGGGAGCAGCAACAGGUGGAGUUAUGGGUGGUUAUUUGGGAGCCAUUGUUGGUUCUGUGGCUGCCAGUCCUGGGGAGGGUGCUCUAGACUCCCUUGGGCAGGUUAGCGUCAUAGGGGCCUCUGCUGUGGGGUUGGCAGCGGGAGUGGGGGCUGCUUUAGGCACAGCUCUGGAGGGAGCAGCUCUCAGCACAGCAGCCCUCAGUGGAGCUGAAACUGCAGCAGUAGGGGCAGCAGGUGUAUCCAACACUUCUAUAGCUCAGUGUGGUUUAGCUUCAGCAGCAGGUCAGCAUGCAGUGGCCACUGUAGCUGUAGGUACUGGGACACCUCAGUGUGCUACAGCAGGGGCAGCCUUAGCUCAGGAGAUGGCAGCUAGGUCUGCUGGUGCUGUAUGUGGGUGUACAGGGCCAAGUGUGGCAUCAGUGGCCAGCAGGGUUGUUUCAGACCCCUGGGGCACCGUGGCAGUAACGACACGCAUUCUGUCUUCAGUGGCUGAGAUAGGCAAAGCUGCAGCAGGCAUUGCCCUGGCUGGUGGUCUGGUAGUGAAGGUGGUAAAGGAAAAAGUCAAAUGUGGCACAGGAACAAGAGAAACAAGUUAUUCAGAGAAGCAGUCAUAUGAGAUCCACUGGAACAAAUAAGUACAGGCUAGGACUGGAGUUGUAAUCCUGUGAAUGAGAUCAUAUUUACACACCCCAAAUGAAAUCCUACACUCCAAAGAAGCUUCCCUCAGUGAGAGAUGUUGCUAUUACCAUGUGAAUAUAAAACCACCUCAAAUUUGCAGAGCUAGUAGUCGGAGCAAUGUAAUAUAAAACAAUAUAAAUGAUCAUAAAUCACACAUUAUUAUAGAUAAAAGAAAGUAAAAUUUUCUGAAGUUGGUUGAAACUGUUUGAGGCUUGUGACUGAGUUCAGUGACAUUUGCAUAGCUGUGUGGCAUGACUAAUAAAGGAUAUUAGGUACACAGUCUUGUGAUUCCUUUGCUUUAUUUCUUUUUUCUAAAAACAUUUUUAUCUAAAUUGAUUGUUAUAAGGUUGUGACUUAUCUCCCAGCUGGUUGGUUUGGAACCAGAUCCUAAAGUCUUCAUACACAUUUUUAUAAAAUAAAGAAAAGGGAAAAAAAGACAUUUCCUUAAGGAAGCAGGGCUGCUGAAAAUGUGUCACACUUCAGCCAUGUAAGCUCAUUUGACUGGAUGACAUAAAUUUCAUAAAGGUUUAUCAUUUGUCUUCUGGCCUAUCUAAAGAAUCACAGAAAAUAAUACAUUCUCUUAAGCACCUUAUUACGGGAUUUGUUGGGUGAGAUUGAUGUGUUAAUGUAAAUAAUCUUACUUAGUACAGUGAAGGGUAUGGAAAAUAAACAAAGGGACUUAAGUAUUAAAAAGCAUUUUAAAUCCUAAAGGGUGACAGUUGGUUGCUGUAUUUCAAUGUCUCACA